GAGGCUGCUGGAGGUUAUACAACACUUUUAUCAUCAGACUUUUCCACCUUAAACAUUGUUUUUCAGUCGGAUACAGAACCAUGAAUCCUGAUAUAACGAAAGAGCGGCAAAACGCCUCUUUUGACGUCGACAAACUGACAUACAUUUUGGACGGAGGGCCUGAAAAGACCAAAAGACGGCGAGAAAUUGAGUCCAUGGUUCUCAGCGACCCGGACUUUAAGGAGGAGGACCCAAAUUUUCUGUCCCGCAGUGAGCGCUAUGACCAGGCUGUGAGAAAAAGUGCCCAAAUGAUCCUGAAGCUCAGGGAGUACGGCAUAGCAGACCCAGAGGAGAUCUACUGCUAUAAAAGUAUCUGUGUGCACCCAGACAGGCCAGAGCCCUUGGAUCUCCAUCUGGGGAUGUUCCUGCCCACACUGCUCAACCAGGCCACCCCAGAGCAAAUGGACCGUUUCUUCAUGCCUGCCUGGAAUCUAGAGAUCAUCGGCACCUACGCUCAGACUGAGAUGGGCCAUGGCACCCACCUCAGGGGGCUGGAGACCACAGCCACCUAUGACCCAUCCACACAGGAGUUUGUCUUGAACAGUCCCACAGUCAGCUCCAUCAAAUGGUGGCCUGGAGGACUUGGAAAGACCUCAAACCAUGCGAUUGUUCUAGCCCAGCUUUACACACAAGGAAACUGCCAUGGUCUGCAUGCUUUCAUCGUACCCAUUCGUGACAUGAACACACACGUACCCCUGCCAGGUAUUGUGGUUGGAGACAUCGGCCCCAAGUUUGGCUUCAGUGAAGUUGACAACGGCUUCCUGAAGCUAGAGAAUGUACGAAUCCCACGGGAGAACAUGCUGAUGAAAUACGCCAAGGUGGAGCCAGAUGGGACCUAUGUGAAGCCACCAAGUGCCAAGCUGACCUACGGCACCAUGGUGUUCAUCCGCUCCAUGAUUGUUGGCGAGUCAGCCCGGGCCCUCUCUAAGUCCUGCACCAUCGCCAUCCGCUACAGCGCUGUUCGACACCAGUCUGAAAUCCGGCCGGGAGAGCCCGAGCCUCAGAUCCUCGAUUACCAGACACAGCAGUACAAGCUGUUCCCUCUGCUGGCUACAGCCUAUGCCUACACUUUUGUUGGACAGUACAUGAAGCAGACCUACCAUCGCAUCAGUGGGGACAUCAACCAGGGGGACUUCAGUGAAAUGCCUGAGCUCCAUGCCCUGUCUGCUGGUCUGAAGGCCUUCACCACGUGGGCAGCCAACGCUGGCAUUGAGGUAUGCCGCAUGUCAUGCGGCGGCCACGGCUACUCCCGCAGCAGUGCCUUGCCGGACAUUUACGUCGAGUUCACCCCAACAUGCACCUACGAGGGAGAGAACACAGUCAUGAUGCUGCAGACUGCGAGAUAUUUGGUGAAGAGCUACCGGCAGGCUAAGGCAGGACAGCAGCUGAGCGGCAUUGUCUCAUAUCUGAAUGAAGCAACGCAUCGGAGGGUCCAGCCUCAGCCUGUCGCUGCCAGACCAACCGUGGUCGACAUAAACGACCUGGCGAGCCUGGUGGAAGUCUACAAGCAGCGAGCUGCCAUUCUAGUUGAGCUGGCAGCAAAGAGCAUCCAGCAUGAGUUACAACGCAGGAAGAGCCAGGAGGACGCCUGGAACAACAGUGCUAUUGACCUGGUCAGAGCUUCAGAUGCCCACUGUCACUAUGUUGUAGUGAAGCUCUUCACGGACAAGCUGGGGGAGAUCGGUGACACAGCGAUACACUCAGUGCUGUCGACCCUGGCUCUGCUGUAUGCCCUGCAUGGCAUCACAAACAACUCUGGAGACUUCCUCCAGGCUGGACUGCUGAAUGUGCCCCAGGUGCAUCAGAUCUCUGUUCGUAUCAAGGAGCUGCUGUCUCAGUUGAGGCCCAACGCUGUGGCGCUGGUAGAUGCUUUUGACUUCCACGACAGGAGGCUGAAAUCGGUCCUGGGACGAUAUGACGGGAACGUCUAUGAGCACAUGUUCGAGUGGGCUCGCCGGUCACCCCUGAACGCUACAGAGGUCCAUGAAUCCUUCCACAAGUACCUGAAGCCCCUUCGGUCCAAACUGUGAGCUGACCCUCUCACACCAUGAUUCCUGGCUGUGACCCCUCAACUCUGCGUACAUAGGAACAACCUUAACCACGUUUACCAUCAUAUCAACCCCAUGAUGGCUAUCACUGGUGGUAUUUACCAAUCUGAAGGAAUGUAACCUUUCUUACUUAACUCUCUUUAAAGGCCAUAGUAUACAGCAACACUUUGGGGUAAUAUAGACAUGACUUGGAUGAUGGGGGGUGAUGUGGGAAAUAAAAGUGGGCUGUAAACAGGUGUUGAAAAACCCAAAACAAUCUGAAGACGAUGUAAUUAUUGAGGAGGAUCUAAGCAAAACCAGGAAUAAAAAUUCUGUCUAUAAAGCGCUAAUAAAAGUCAUUAUUUUACGACAAAAAUACAUUUAAGAAUGCUGUAAACAAUCAAGAAUUUACAUUUAUAGAACAUUGUGUUUUCUGUUGAAAAAUUUAAUGGUGAAGAUCAGUAGUAUUAAUUUUCCCCCAUCUUUUCUUCACUUUCUGCUGCAUGCCUGAUGGCUCCUCUGUGUGAGCCAGCCAAGAUGAAAAUGCCAUCUCUCUCCUUUUUUUUCUAACAAGAACACAAUGUUAUUAUGAACAUUACAUAAUGUUAGUUGUUUAGGAACAAACCAAAAGCGAAAUCUGUUUUGGUUGUUUCCCCUGACAACGAGGACCAACAUGUUAUAAUCAUUAUUUAAGAGGAAUUAAUUUAUCCAUGACCGUUGUCAGUCGCUGUAGGCACCAAGGAAGAAUAGCACCAGUCUUUGGCAGCCUCCUUACCCUUCCAUAGCUGUGAAUAAUGGAUUAACAUGAUUGAAUUAAAUAACAGUUACAAUUUUGACUGCGCUGGAUAAACAGCCUAGCAGAUUAGAGCAGAGAUCCAACAGAAACAUCAAGUGAAGAUAUAAAAAUAUUCCCCUGUAAAAUACUGUGGCAGCACCAUUUUGAAACAGUAGAUAAAGCCCCUGGAUAUACAUCAAAAUCAUCUGUGCCACAGAGCAGUGAGAAAAUUAAAGGUCAACUAUGUCUGCAUUUUUCAAAUGGAAAUGUCCACUCAGUUGUUGGCAAGAAGCAGUGAUGCAGGCUCGCGCACUGAUAAUAAUAAUGAUAAUAAUAAUAAUGCUAAUAAUAAUAAUAACUAAAAGGCCUUAUUUAGAUUUUUUGAAGUGUGGUUGUGUGAGGUCUUUAUCGAUAGCCAGUGUACUACCUACAUUAAAUGGCCCCCAGUGUGGAGAAGGGGAUGGGGAACUGAAGCCGUUAUUACACUCUCUUCAAAGCCUCCGGACUCCAUUGACAACAGUCAUUUUUCCUCACAGAACACUGGAGUUGCUUGUCUACUGCUUUCUCGAUCACUUUAUGUUAAUUUGUGACUUUAGAAUUUGAAUGGUCGGAUUUGAAAGUAACGCCACUGGGAAGCUAAAAAUUAAUAUAAAAACCAUAAAUAAUAAUAUUAAUAAUAAUGGCCCCGCCCUUCAAAUAUGAUGUCUUAAAAGUCAAAGUUCUACAUUGUGUCAAAUGAAUGAUAAACAAAGACUUAGUAGAGACUAAAUAAACCACUCUGGGCUGAUUUAUUCUAAAUUUUUAAGCCUCUGAGUUAUGGCGUUUCUGUGAAGCUGUGAGUUUGAUCAGGUUGUUAGAAUUAAUGAUGAUAAUGUCCUGAGGGUCAACAUGCUCCUGAAUGUGUUUAUGGGAUAGAAAGCUUUCUGCAGAUAAUGGUUGUGUGUCAAAUGUGAAUAAAGCACCUGUGAGGGCAGGUUGUAUGGAUUUCUGACAAUGAUUUAGGUCUGAAUGAGGCCACAUAUGCACUGUAUAUGUGCAUUAGUAUUCUCCCUCCCUGCUGUGUGGGGUUGAUAUAUUGUUAAGAAGGGUAAAGACCCCAGCCAACAUCUACAUGGAUUCUUUUUGUAGUUUUUAAUCAAGUACAUUUAUAACUACAAACUUUAAAUAAAUCCAUUUUUUAAUUAUGCUGUAACGUUCACGUUCUACUGACUGAAUUAUUCCGAUUCAUUUAUGAUGAAAUAUGUGCAAACUGGAUCUUUUUUAAAAAAAUUUAUUUGUCCAUCCCUAUCUGUUAUUUAACAAAAACUGUUGUAAAAAAAACAAUAACAGACUUAGCAAAGAAGGACUCAAAUAAAAUGAGAUUUUAUUGUGACCGCAAAGAUACAGCGAUUAAAGUGGGAGCUUUAAUCCAAUGCCUCUGUUGGAUAAUGUGCCUGAGGAAAUAGGUUUUUUUUUCUUAAUGUAAUUAAUUGACAAUAUUCUCACAAGCUGAUUGUGUGUCAUUUCAGUACUUGUAUGACUUUUAAUCCGUUAUCAAUAUGUAAUGACUCAGCUUUGUUAAGCAUAUUUGUGUGAUGAUGUUUCCUUGAAUAAUGAUGUUAAACAACACUAUUUUAAUGGUUGGUAAAUAAUUUGAGUUGUAAAUUAUAUUAAUAAAAAAAGUAAAUAAUCAA